AAGACCGAAGAGACUGCGAGAGCAGACCUACCCAACUCACAAUACCGUGCAUUUCAGCUGCUGUCUACACGGCAGCUUAGCAUACAUCGGACGUAGGGAGCGUUGAAUGGCCGCUGCUAUGCGCUACGCUCUACAGCAUUUAGUUAGCUAGUUUCAAUCGUGCAUACGACACACAUUAGCCAUAAUAGUAACAGCAAAAUGACUAUAAUUGUCUUUUUGAUCGACACGUCGGCCUCUAUGAAUCAGAGGGCCUAUUUGGGCGGGCGCCCUACGCUCUUGGACGUAGCCAAGAGCGCGGUGGAGACUUUCGUUAAGGUACGGCAGAGAUCGCCGGAAAGCCGCGGGGACCGUUACAUGCUGCUAACGUUCGAAGAACCUCCUCAAAAUAUCAAGGCAGGCUGGAAGGAAAACCUGGCAACGUUUAUGAACGAGCUGAAAAAUUUACAAUGUGUUGGCCUUACAACUUUGGGUGCAGCUCUGAAGCACGCCUUGGAUGUCCUCAAUAUCAAUCGUAUGCAGACAGGUAUCGAUACAUAUGGUCAAGGCAGAUGUCCAUUCUAUUUGGAGCCCUCGGUCAUAGUCGUGAUUACGGAUGGUGGAAAAUAUACAGCUAAUGGAGGAGUACAACAGGAUUUUGUUCUACCCAUGCAUUCACCUAUACCUGGUACAGAGCUAACGAAAGAACCAUUCAGAUGGGAUCAGCGAUUGUUUUCUUUGGUCUUGAGACUAUCUGGUACCCCAGCUGUGGAACGAGAUACUGGACUCGUAGCCAGUGAUUCGUCACCGAUAGAUGCUAUGUGUGAAGUCACUGGAGGUCGUUCGUAUUGCAUAACGUCACAUAGAAUGAUGAUGCAGUGCAUAGAUUCACUGGUUCAGAAGGUCCAGUCCGGAGUUGUAAUAAACUUUGAAAAAAUUGGUCCAGAUCCACCGCCUCUGGCGAACGAUGCACAGCAUCCAGACGAUGAUGAAAAUGAGGAUGAAAUGAAUCUAUUGAAUGGUAUUAGACCUCAGUUCCCUCCGAAUACAAUGGCGCCUGGAAAUACCGCCUGGCAUUCGUGUCGAAGGUUAAUUUAUGUACCACGAUCAGCACAGAAGGGCUUUGCAGUAGGCUUUUGGCCAAUUCCUGAAAGUUUCUGGCCUGAUCUCAGUGCGAGUUCGUUGCCGCCAAGGUCUGCACAUCCAAAUGUGAAGUUUACUUGCACUAGUCAAGAACCAAUGGUUAUUGAAAAUCUGCCUUUUGACAAAUACGAACUUGAACCAAGUCCUCUGACGCAGUAUAUUCUUGCAAGAAAACAGCCCACAAUUUGUUGGCAAGUUUUUGUGGCCAACUCUUACAAGUCCAGCGAAGUUGGACAUCCGUUUGGCUACCUGAAAGCCAGUACAAACCUUACCUGCGUCAACUUGUUUGUUAUGCCAUACAAUUAUCCAGUGCUGCUUCCACUUUUGGAGGAACUUUUUAAAGUGCAUCGAUUAAAACCAACAAACGAAUGGCGAACCCAGUUUCAAAAUUACAUGAGGACUAUGCCCACUUACUACGCAUCAUCAUUAAGAAGAGCGCUAACACGCAUGGGUGCACCUACACCGCUGGCUCAGACGUUGAUUCCAGACAACAUGGACAAUUCCUUGUCUUACAGUGUUUUAAACUAUUUAAAACGGUUAAAAAAUCAAGCUAAAAUAGAGUUUGAAAAACUUUGUAACGAAGUGAUUUCAAAGCAAGUGGCUAAUGCUAAUUUAAAUAAAACUUUAGCAAAUGGUAACUCAACAACUGUGACUGAAGGAGUUCGCGUUAUGCCGCGAACACCACUGAAGAAAGAUCUGGUAUCACAUCCACUGUUGCAAGACAAGUUCACAGGGCUCAGAGAUCAGCUUAACGAGUUUGGUGGGUUCGUAGUAGGACUUGUCAGAAAUCAACAGCAGCAGCGAGGGGCACAGAGUUAUAGAAAUGCAUUUGAUGUACCAAGAAAAUCACUGCUGGAUCAAGUUGUUCGGAUGCGAGCGAAUUUUCUUCAGCCUGGAUUAUUACAUACAAAGUUAUUAGAUGAUGAUUAUGUCCAUUCAAUGCCUGUAGCCCAAAUGGGAAAUUAUCAGGAAUAUCUUAAACGAAUGACUCCACCUUUGAGGGAAAUAGAAAGUGCCCCAGUGAGACAGCACAUGUUUGGUAAUCCUUUCAAAAUAGACAAAAGAAUGAUGGUCGACGAGGCUGACAUAGACAUGGUUGGAUCUACUUCCUCAAAUUUGAAGACGGGAAGCUUAAAGCGAGCCACGCCGCCAUCUGAUAGCGGAGGUCCGCCUGCACCCAGACCCCCUCCAAACAAACGGAAACCAGGACCAAUUCCGAAAGAUGUUAUUGUAAGGCGACCAUCGUACUCACCUGUCAAUACUCCACCAAGUUCGCCAAUACCAUGGAUGGAUGAGACCAAAAACCAGGUUGUGCCUACUGCCAAUUCCAAUAAUAUAUCUAACUCGUCAAGUGCCUCUGGUAGUUUGAAUUUACUAUCCCAAACUGUGCCGGACAAAUUGGUGAAUGGUUUGGCUGAGAUUCCAGCAAUGCCACCUUUCGAGCCAAUGCCAAUCGAACCAGUCGUCAUCCAUUCUGAACCUCUUCCUACGUCAACUCGAAUAAUGUUAAACAACAUCGAUGCACCAAAGUGUGAGAAUAUAACUGAAAAACUGGAUGAAAUAAAAACUGAUCAAAACAGUUUACCAGUUAACGAUUAUGGAGAAAAUCCGAAUAAUGUGAAGGUUGAAAAUUGCAAUGACGAACAACUUACCAAUCAUGUUGAUGAAAAGCGAGAGAUAAAGAUCGAAAAGGAUAAACCACUACCAAAGAAAGAGUUGGAGGAAAUAAGGAAACACAAUUUGUCCAUCAGAGAAUCUGUGUACAAAGAAGUACGAAGACGAGGAAAAAGUAAAUUAUGCCGCGCUAUUUUCGCAUUUGCACCAAAUACAAGGAACCUUAGAUAUACGGCUCGCCUUUGUACGCGAUGUAAUCAAAGAGUCGUUGCGGUUUAAACGACGUAAUUUAGCAACAUUAUUAGAAGAAUAUCUUCAAACGAUACAAGAAGAUGGCCGAACAAUGAAUCAUAAGGUGAACAACAAUGGUGCAACGAAAAUAAGCUAAGCACUUGAUAGUUUAGGGCAUUAUAUAUUGUUGAAAUCAAAGUAAUAAUGUUUACACGAAUGAGAAACUACCGUACAAAGGCUUAACAAACUAGAGUUCAGCGAUCUGUGAGAAAAACGUGAAAAAUAUUAAAAUGACACACAUAGUGAGGUUUAGUGAUACACGUGGAAAUUUGCAUAGUAAUCAAUAAUUAACUAUAAAUCUAUUGAAACAUAGCUGGUUUAUCAUGUGGUGAAAUGCAAUUUUUACGAAGUAUAACUCGUCUACGAAAUUUUGAAAUAUCCAGCCAGUGGAACUGUUGGAAACGAAAAAGGCUGAUAAAUAAAAUCUGAAUAUUAAAAGUACAAUGAGUAUACGUUGAACUAGUUAAAUUCUUGCGCACCUCAAAAAAUACAUUCAAAUUCAACUGAAUAUUCCAAUCGCAGUGUACAAUUCCAAAAUGUAACGUAAUUGAUAUUUCGCGCAUUUUGUACUAUAGUGCAGUGUAUACCAUAUGUCGAAUUGAUAUAAAUUAAUUAAACAACGCAUUUUGAAUGGUAAAAGUAAAAAAGACCAAGACUUCUGGCAAUGCUUUAUUUCAAAGCAUUUCAUAUCAGAUCGGUAACAUAAUAUUGUAUUCGAAACCUAGCACUGUAUUUUUGUAACGAAAUCUUUUUUUGCGCAAAAGAACGGCAGAAUGAUGUUACAAAAAUAGCAAUAUAUGCCAAUAUUAAAUUUUAAGUAUAUUCAUUUUAAGGUAUAAUAAUCAAAUCGAAUGUUGAUCACUGUGUACAUUUUGUUAUAUAUACAUAUUAUAUUUGUUGACUUAGUAAAGUCGAGCUCUAGGAACGGAAAUAAUACGUUGAAGAUAAGAAAAAACGA